AUACAUAUCCCAUUUGCACCGCUCUGUCUUGAUUGGCUAACGGCUGGUGUCACUCAAGGGGGCGCUACUUACGCUACUGAUCAGCGCUCUUACAGUAAAUAUUUGUGUUUGCUCAACCGGUUGUAAUGGUGGAUGACUGAGACAGAAAAGAGAGGACUAAAACGACGAAAACGAAGUCCAGACACAACACUACGAGCCGUGAGUAGGAAUAAAGCAUCGUCGCAAAAUGGAGGAACUCAAACACCAAGUAAUGAUAAACCAGUUCGUCUUGACAGCAGGUUGUGCGGCAGAUCAGGCGAAGCAGCUUUUGCAAGCGGCACAUUGGCAAUUUGAGACUGCCCUCAGUGCCUUUUUUCAAGAAACGAAUAUUCCAUACGGUCACCAUCAUCAGAUGAUGUGCACCCCAGCCAACACACCGGCCACCCCGCCCAACUUCCCUGACGCCCUCACCAUGUUCUCCCGUCUCAAGGCCUCAGAGAGCUUUACCUCCAGCAGCCCCAUGGCCUCCAUGGCCACCUCUCCCCCUCCUCCACACGGUUGCUGGGGCGUGCCCCCACUCCCCAUGCCCAUGAGUGGCCCACAGGGUCAGGGACUCUGGACUCAGGGGCAGCCCCCUUCGCAGCCCCCCUCCAACCCCGCAGUCUGGCCCACGGGGGUCACCGUUAACCCCCACCAGCACCCAGCCACCGAACAGAAGGCGAGUGUGGCCAUGGAGGCCGAGAGAUGAGGGGCCAGGACUAGACGGCCCUGGGGGGGGGGGGGGGGGUGAGAAGAGGAAAGUGAAGGUGUGUCUCUUUCCAAUUGAGGAUGGUAGGGUGGAGAUAGAGACAGCUACACAAACCAAGAAAAACCAAGCAAGUACUAAACGUGGACAAUUCAAGAAGUGGAAACAAUGCAAAUAAGAAAUCAAACUUUUUUUUUUUUAAAGAAGCGCACACACUUAGUAAUAAGAAAGAGAGCAACUGAAAUCUUUGUUUAGAAAAAAAUAUUCUCAGUAAAUGCAUAGAUAAGAGAAAUGUAUGGAACAAAAAAUCUUCAAGUCCAAGGAUUAUACUUCUGAUGUUUUCUGAGACAAGGACUUAAAAGGCAGCAACUGUUUCUGCUCUCUCUUUUCUUUUCAUCUGUCCAAGUGUUUAUACUCUACUAGGAACAUGUUAUAAAGAGUGUGUGCACUGCAUGGCGAGAGGGGAUCUGGCAGUACAGUGUUUAUACUCUACUAGGGACAUGUUAUAAAGAGUGUGUGCACUGCAUGGAGAGAGGGGAUCUGGCAGUACAGUGUUUAUACUCUACUAGGAACAUGUUAUAAAGAGUGUGUGCACUGCAUGGAGAGAGGGGAUCUGGCAGUACAGUGUUUAUACUCUACUAGGAACAUGUUAUAAAGAGUGUGUGCACUGCAUGGAGAGAGGGGAUCUGGCAGUACAGUGUUUAUACUCUACUAGGAACAUGUUAUAAAGAGUGUGUGCACUGCAUGGAGAGAGGGGAUCUGGCAGUACAGUGUUUAUACUCUACUAGGAACAUGUUAUAAAGAGUGUGUGCACUGCAUGGAGAGAGGGGAUCUGGCAGUACAGUGUUUAUACUCUACUAGGAACAUGUUAUAAAGAGUGUGUGCACUGCAUGGAGAGAGGGGAUCUGGCAGUACAGUGUUUAUACUCUACUAGGAACAUGUUAUAAAGAGUGUGUGCACUGCAUGGAGAGAGGGGAUCUGGCAGUACAGUGUUUAUACUCUACUAGGAACAUGUUAUAAAGAGUGUGUGCACUGCAUGGAGAGAGGGGAUCUGGCAGUACAGUGUUUAUACUCUACUAGGAACAUGUUAUAAAGAGUGUGUGCACUGCAUGGAGAGAGGGGAUCUGGCAGUACAGUGUUUAUACUCUACUAGGAACAUGUUAUAAAGAGUGUGUGCACUGCAUGGAGAGAGGGGAUCUGGCAGUACAGUGUUUAUACUCUACUAGGAACAUGUUAUAAAGAGUGUGUGCACUGCAUGGAGAGAGGGGAUCUGGCAGUACAGUGUUUAUACUCUACUAGGAACAUGUUAUAAAGAGUGUGUGCACUGCAUGGAGAGAGGGGAUCUGGCAGUACAGUGUUUAUACUCUACUAGGAACAUGUUAUAAAGAGUGUGUGCACUGCAUGGAGAGAGGGGAUCUGGCAGUACAGUGUUUAUACUCUACUAGGAACAUGUUAUAAAGAGUGUGUGCACUGCAUGGAGAGAGGGGAUCUGGCAGUACAGUGUUUAUACUCUACUAGGAACAUGUUAUAAAGAGUGUGUGCACUGCAUGGAGAGAGGGGAUCUGGCAGUACAGUGUUUAUACUCUACUAGGAACAUGUUAUAAAGAGUGUGUGCACUGCAUGGAGAGAGGGGAUCUGGCAGUACAGUGUUUAUACUCUACUAGGAACAUGUUAUAAAGAGUGUGUGCACUGCAUGGAGAGAGGGGAUCUGGCAGUACAGUGUUUAUACUCUACUAGGAACAUGUUAUAAAGAGUGUGUGCACUGCAUGGAGAGAGGGGAUCUGGCAGUACAGUGUUUAUACUCUACUAGGAACAUGUUAUAAAGAGUGUGUGCACUGCAUGGAGAGAGGGGAUCUGGCAGUACAGUGCUUAUACUCUACUAGGAACAUGUUAUAAAGAGUGUGUGCACUGCAUGGAGAGAGGGGAUCUGGCAGUACAGUGUUUAUACUCUACUAGGAACAUGUUAUAAAGAGUGUGUGCACUGCAUGGAGAGAGGGGAUCUGGCAGUACAGUGUUUAUACUCUACUAGGAACAUGUUAUAAAGAGUGUGUGCACUGCAUGGAGAGAGGGGAUCUGGCAGUACAGUGUUUACACUCUAGUAGGAACAUGUUAUAAAGAGUGUGUGCACUGCAUGGAGAGAGGGGAUCUGGCAGUACAGUGCUUAUACUCUACUAGGAACAUGUUAUAAAGAGUGUGUGCACUGCAUGGAGAGAGGGGAUCUGGCAGUACAGUGCUUAUACUCUACUAGGAACAUGUUAUAAAGAGUGUGUGCACUGCAUGGAGAGAGGGGAUCUGGCAGUACAGUGCUUAUACUCUACUAGGAACAUGUUAUAAAGAGUGUGUGCACUGCAUGGAGAGAGGGGAUCUGGCAGUACAGUGUUUAUACUCUACUAGGAACAUGUUAUAAAGAGUGUGUGCACUGCAUGGCGAGAGGGGAUCUGGCAGUACAGUGUUUAUACUCUACUAGGAACAUGUUAUAAAGAGUGUGUGCACUGCAUGGAGAGAGGGGAUCUGGCAGUACAGUGUUUAUACUCUACUAGGAACAUGUUAUAAAGAGUGUGUGCACUGCAUGGAGAGAGGGGAUCUGGCAGUACAGUGUUUAUACUCUACUAGGAACAUGUUAUAAAGAGUGUGUGCACUGCAUGGAGAGAGGGGAUCUGGCAGUACAGUGUUUAUACUCUACUAGGAACAUGUUAUAAAGAGUGUGUGCACUGCAUGGAGAGAGGGGAUCUGGCAGUACAGUGUUUAUACUCUACUAGGAACAUGUUAUAAAGAGUGUGUGCACUGCAUGGAGAGAGGGGAUCUGGCAGUACAGUGUUUAUACUCUACUAGGAACAUGUUAUAAAGAGUGUGUGCACUGCAUGGAGAGAGGGGAUCUGGCAGUACAGUGUUUAUACUCUACUAGGAACAUGUUAUAAAGAGUGUGUGCACUGCAUGGAGAGAGGGGAUCUGGCAGUACAGUGUUUAUACUCUACUAGGAACAUGUUAUAAAGAGUGUGUGCACUGCAUGGAGAGAGGGGAUCUGGCAGUACAGUGUUUAUACUCUACUAGGAACAUGUUAUAAAGAGUGUGUGCACUGCAUGGAGAGAGGGGAUCUGGCAGUACAGUGUUUAUACUCUACUAGGAACAUGUUAUAAAGAGUGUGUGCACUGCAUGGAGAGAGGGGAUCUGGCAGUACAGUGUUUAUACUCUACUAGGAACAUGUUAUAAAGAGUGUGUGCACUGCAUGGAGAGAGGGGAUCUGGCAGUACAGUGUUUAUACUCUACUAGGAACAUGUUAUAAAGAGUGUGUGCACUGCAUGGAGAGAGGGGAUCUGGCAGUACAGUGUUUAUACUCUACUAGGAACAUGUUAUAAAGAGUGUGUGCACUGCAUGGAGAGAGGGGAUCUGGCAGUACAGUGUUUAUACUCUACUAGGAACAUGUUAUAAAGAGUGUGUGCACUGCAUGGAGAGAGGGGAUCUGGCAGUACAGUGUUUAUACUCUACUAGGAACAUGUUAUAAAGAGUGUGUGCACUGCAUGGAGAGAGGGGAUCUGGCAGUACAGUGUUUAUACUCUACUAGGAACAUGUUAUAAAGAGUGUGUGCACUGCAUGGAGAGAGGGGAUCUGGCAGUACAGUGCUUAUACUCUACUAGGAACAUGUUAUAAAGAGUGUGUGCACUGCAUGGAGAGAGGGGAUCUGGCAGUACAGUGUUUAUACUCUACUAGGAACAUGUUAUAAAGAGUGUGUGCACUGCAUGGAGAGAGGGGAUCUGGCAGUACAGUGUUUAUACUCUACUAGGAACAUGUUAUAAAGAGUGUGUGCACUGCAUGGAGAGAGGGGAUCUGGCAGUACAGUGUUUAUACUCUACUAGGAACAUGUUAUAAAGAGUGUGUGCACUGCAUGGAGAGAGGGGAUCUGGCAGUACAGUGUUUAUACUCUACUAGGAACAUGUUAUAAAGAGUGUGUGCACUGCAUGGAGAGAGGGGAUCUGGCAGUACAGUGUUUAUACUCUACUAGGAACAUGUUAUAAAGAGUGUGUGCACUGCAUGGAGAGAGGGGAUCUGGCAGUACAGUGUUUAUACUCUACUAGGAACAUGUUAUAAAGAGUGUGUGCACUGCAUGGAGAGAGGGGAUCUGGCAGUACAGUGUUUAUACUCUACUAGGAACAUGUUAUAAAGAGUGUGUGCACUGCAUGGAGAGAGGGGAUCUGGCAGUACAAUGUUUAUACUCUACUAGGAACAUGUUAUAAAGAGUGUGUGCACUGCAUGGAGAGAGGGGAUCUGGCAGUACAGUGUUUAUACUCUACUCAUCACGAACGUGUUUGUGUGCAGUGUGUUACCAUCUCACACAAACACACACGCACAGCAGAGCAGAAGAAACAGCGACCUAGUUUUCAUUACCCAUCGUAAGGUGGGACUCUUCUUACCUCACCUAGUCGUCACCUGACUUCUUUCAGCCUAUCAGGGAUUCUCAACUGUUUGACAACACAGAACUUUUUUUUUUAAACCAAUUGUGAUUUUUCAGCUCUGGUAUUUGCUCAUGUUGACGAUGAUAUUGUUCACUGCUAUAGCUUUUCUUUCCAACGAGGGGUGAUGCUUUGCUAUUAACCUGGUCUGGAAGA